CGCGUGACGCCACACCCCGCGCCGUCAGAGAAGGGCGGGGUUCCUCCUCGGGUCCCGCGCGGCCGGAAGUGGGGCCGCCGCGCCGCCUGGGAGAUGGCGACCAACCUGGACAUUAAGAUCAAGCGCGCGAACAAGGUUUAUCACGCCGGGGAGGUGCUGUCCGGCGUGGUGGUGGUGUCCGCGAAGGACGCGGUGCAGCACCAGGGGCUCUCGCUGACCGUGGAGGGGACGGUGAACCUGCAGCUCAGUGCCAAGAGCGUCGGCGUCUUCGAGGCCUUCUACAACUCCGUCAAGCCCAUCCAGACCCUCAGCAGCACCAUGGAGAUGGUGAAGCCGGGCAGGUUCCCGGGCGGCAAGACGGAGAUCCCCUUCGAGGUCCCUCUUCUCGGAAAGGGGAGCAGGGUUCUGCACGAGACCUACCACGGCGUGUUCGUCAACAUCCAGUACACCCUGCGCUGUGACCUGCGGAAGUCCCUGCUGGCCAAGGACCUGACCAAGACCUGCGAAUUCAUCAUCCACUCCACCCCGCAGAAGGGCAGGCUGACACCCAGCCCUGUGGACUUCACCAUCACGCCUGAGACCUUGCAGAACGUCAAGGAGAGAGCCCUGCUCCCCAAGUUUCUCAUCCGGGGGCGCCUCGACUCCACCAGCUGCGCCCUCACGCAGCCGCUGACCGGGGAGCUGGUGGUGGAGAGUUCGGAGGCCGCCGUGCGGAGCGUGGAGCUGCAGCUGGUGCGCGUGGAGACGUGCGGCUGCGCCGAGGGCUACGCCCGGGAUGCCACGGAGAUUCAGAACAUCCAGAUCGCGGACGGCGACGUGUGCCGGGGCCUGCCGGUCCCCAUCCACAUGACCUUCCCGCGCCUCUUCACCUGCCCCACGCUGGAGACCACCAACUUCAAAGUGGAGUUCGAGGUCAACGUCGUGGUGCUUCUCCACGGGGACCACGUCAUCACAGAGAACUUCCCGCUGAAGCUCUGCAGGGUGUAGCCGCUCCGGCUCACAGCGCGGUCGCAGCCUCCUUCCUCGUCCCCAGGUGAGGGACUGAGGGACGUGGCCGGUGCCUGUGAGGGUGAGGGCACUGUCCUCUCCAGCUGUCCUGCAGCCGCCCCGCCACAACCAGGACACGGAACUGGACAGGGACAGGUGACUGGGGCUGUGACAGCCGGAUUUGGUGCUUCUGACGUCUGGGGCACCACCCUCGUGUUUCUACAGCACAACAAGGCAGAUGAGGCCUCCCCACAGGGACACCUGUCCCCUCAGCGGCCUCCCCCAGGGCAGCCCUGGGCCCCAUGAGGCCAGUGCUGAGCGUCCGGCUGUGUUGGGGACUCCCGGCUGACCGGCGAGCGUCUCUGUCCCAUCAAGAGCAUGAGCAGCAGAGACCAGCACUACCCACCAAGCCACCUCUGCUGUCGCUAGGGGUCAUUUUUAAUGAAGGAACCACAAGAAAACCUCAA